AUGGCUUCUUCAGAAGUCGGCAGCCCCAAACGGGAACCCACUCCCACUGCGCCCCUCUCCUCCAUCCCCCAAAAGCGAGCUCUCGACGAAGGCCACAGCCCGGCCGUCCCCUCUCCGCUCAACCCCGAAGUCAAGCCCUCCGACUCCCUCCCCCCCGACGAUACCACCCAAGCCGCCCGCUCGAAGCCCGCCCGCACGAAGAAGGAGACGCUCAAGAAGCGCGAGUCCAAAGGCGGCGCCCUCGGCCCCGAUAGCGCGCGCGCAACCCCCGAUCCCAAGGCGGCGAAAGAACCCAAGCAGAGCAAGUCAAGCCCUUUACGAUAUAAGCUCGCUCCCCCGAAGCCAUCCGACUUUGAGUUACCCCGGGGGCCUGUCUUGACGGUCCAUCAUGAGCUCCAAACUCCCAAUGGCGAGUCGGUCGAGUUCUUCGAAGCGUCCGAACACGUCUGCAAUAAGAAAAACUUCCGAUAUACGCACUGCAUCGCCGAUCCACUCUUCCCCUCGAUGAUCUACUAUCGGCAGACCGAGCCAGAGCCCUUCGGCCCGCGCAUGAGCUUUGAGGAUGCAGCAGGGCACGUCUUCUUCGACAAGUCAGCGCGCCAGGUCACGACAGACAAGGGGUUUCGCAUGGCCCGAGCCAAUGUCGCAGUGAGGGAAGGGAUAUCGUACUGGGAAUGCAAGAUCACCCAGGGCAUUCGAAAGCUCAAGGACGGCGAGGCGAAAUCAGAUGGCGGAAAACACGUACGCAUGGGUUGGGCGCGGCGCGAAGCCUCCUUGGAUGCUCCUGUAGGAUUUGAUGCCUACAGCUACGGAAUCCGAGACGUUUCCGGAGAGAAGGUUCACAUGUCGCGACCAAAGGAUUUCUUUCCCGCUGGCGAGGGAAUUGAAGAGGGAGACGUCAUCGGGCUGGAGAUUCAGCUCCCGUCAGAACAUCUCCACCGCAAGAUCAUGUCGGGGCAGUACAAUCCAGCUGUGGACCAGGCCGACGAAGAACCCCCGCUCACGGCCGAGGCACCCAACAUUGUGCGCGAUCGUGUGCCCAUCCGCUUCAAGGCUCACACCUACUUCGAGAAGAUCGAAUACCACACAACCAAGGAACUUGAGGAUCUCAUGAACCCGGCCCCCACGGGCCCUGGCGGCUCAUCUGAAGCCCCGGGCCCCAUCCACCCAAUACCGAGCUUGCGCACACUGCCCAAUUCCUGUAUACGCGUCUACAAGAACGGAGUCCUGAUGGGCACAGCCUUCGAAAACCUCCUAGGUUUUCUUCCUCCAGCCUCGCGCCCCACGGCUCAGGUUGGCGCUCGUGAGGGUCUCGACGAUGGCAUGCUCGGAUACUACCCGGCCGUCAGCGUGUUCCGCGGCGGCGCCGCAGAGGUCAACUUCGGCCCGGACUUCUGGUAUCCGCCCCCCGGUUACGAUACCACUGGGGGCGAGGUCGACAUGGUCCGGCCCGAGUCAGGGCGCUUGGAUAAGGUCAACGCCGUCUCCGCUCGCUACUGCGAUCAGAUAGCCGAGGACAUUGUCUAUGAUAUUAUCGACGAGGUCGACUUUUGGAUGCAGGAUGGCGGAGGCGCAACGGAUCGCCAGGGGGUGAGUGAUAAAAGUGAAGCUGUGGCUUUGGCGCCAGGCAGGGAGGAGAUCAAGGAACUGGUCCAAGACGAUUAA